AUGCUUCCGGGAGUGCUCAUGAGACUGAACCGGAUCUAUGAUGGUGUCGAGAUUCUCGAGAGCCACAACAUGACGUUCCAAUUGAAGGGCCCGUGGUUUGCUGGAAUGGAUACAUUAGUCACUGUUGAUCCAUCUAAUGUCCAUCAUAUAAUGAGCAAAAACUUCUACAACUACAUCAAAGGUCCUGAGUUCCAAGAAGUCUUUGAAAUCUUCGGAAACGGACUACUCAACACUGACUCGGAUCGAUCCAACAAUCUGUGGAAGUGUUAUCAUGCCAUGCUUCAUGAUCAAAGGUUUAUAAGGUUUUCAAUCUGUGCCGUGAGGAAUAAACUCAAAGACGAACUUCUGCCUCUUCUUGAUCAUUUCGCAAAGGAAGGGACGGUCGUAGACUUGCAAGAUGUGUUCCGGAGAUUCACAUUCGAUACAGCCGUGACAAUACUAGGUGUGCCUGAUCCUAAAUCUCUCUCUGUCCAUAUGGCCAACAACAACGAGUUCUCUAAAGCCCUAGAAGAUGUUGAAGUAGCGAUGGUGUAUAGGCAUAUGUCACCAAGAUUCAUGUGGAAGCUACAAAACCGGUUGGGACUGGGACAAGAGAAGAAGUUGACAGAAGCUGAUGCCGUCUUUGGUCGUUUGUGUGGGAAAUACGUAUCUGAUAAGAGACAAGAGUUACGAAAUGAGGUCAACAAUGAAGAAGUUGUGGAUCUUUUAACGUUCUUCAUAAAGUUCGAGCUCUUGGCUCCUAUUGAUGACAAACUCCUCAGAGACGUCUUUGUCGGAUUCAUUCUAGCGGCGAGAGACACUAUUGCAUCUACACUCACUUGGUUCUUCUGGCUUCUAUCCAAAAACCCUCAAGUCUUGACCAAGAUUCACCAUGAGAUCCAAGAGAAUCUACCAAGAUCCGGAAGUGGUCAUGAGAGACCAUCUUAUGAUGAUCUGGAUAAGUUGGUGUAUCUAAAUGGCGCAUUGUGUGAAACAAUGAGGCUUUACCCACCAGUUCCAUUCCAACGCAGGUCAGCGGUAAAUCAAGAUGUUCUUCCGAGUGGGCAUAAAGUUGAUGCAAACUCAAAGAUCAUGAUUUUUGCUUACGCGAUGGGAAUGAUGAGAGCAGUUUGGGGAGACGACGCAUUGGAGUUUAAGCCAGAGAGAUGGAUUACUGCGACCGGAGGGAUAAGACAUGAGCCUGCUUACAAGUUCUUUGCAUUUAACGCCGGUCCAAGAACUUGUCUUGGCAGGAACAUGGCUUUGACUCAGUUGAAGAUGGUGGUUGUUGAGAUAUUACAAAAGUAUGAUGUUGAGGUCGUAGAGGGACAGAAGAUUGAGCCAUUUUCUGGUCUUAUUCUUCACAUGAAGCAUGGGCUUAGAGUCAGAUUUAAUAAGAGAUGUUGA